AUGGUGGAUAUUUCUGAACCUAUCGUCCCCUUGAUCGCAUCCGUGGAUGUUGGAACUACCUCGUCAAGAGCUAUUUUAUUUAAUAAAUUGGGUCAAGAGGUAGCAAAGCAUCAAAUCGAGUAUUCAACAACUGCUUCGAAAUUUAAGGCAAGAAAACCAAAAGCAACAGAUUCCCCGCCUUCUACAUCAUCUUCAGGUAGCAAAUAUGAAACUCAGCCAAGGAUGUUAGGAGGUGUAGCAAUGAAAAAAACAAUGACGGAAGACAAUCAGAUUUUUACAGCAGAAGGUGUCGCUAUUUCGCAAAAUGACUUUGUCACAAUCGAAGAGUUGGAAGAUGAAGUUGAGCAACCAACUUUAAGAUUCCCGCAACCAGGUUGGGUAGAAGUGUGUCCAACAAAUGUACUGGUUUACGUUGUAGAAUGUUUGGCUGCGACUUUCGAAAUUAUUGAAACUCUAAAUGUAGAACGUGUAAAACAUGGUUUCCCAAUUUAUAAAGUCACCGCGAUGGGUAUUGCAAACAUGAGAGAGACUACGUUGGUAUGGUCCAAAGAAACAGGUAAGCCGCUUGUCAAUUACGGAAUAGUCUGGAAUGAUACUCGUAAUACAAAGUUAGUUUCUGACAAACAAAAUGCAACCCCAAAGGACAUGCAAGAGGAAUUAAGAAGAAUUACUGGGUUACCAGUGUUUUCUACCUAUUUUUCUUGUUCCAAAUUAAGGUGGUUGCUAGAUAAUGAGCCGGUUGUAAAGGCAGCAUAUGAUAAAUCAGAUUUAAUGUUUGGUACAAUUGAUACUUGGUUAAUAUACCAUUUAACAAAGUCACACACAUUUGUCUCAGACAUUACAAAUGCUUCAAGAACAGGUUUUAUGAAUUUGGAUACUUUGGAUUAUGACGACAGAUUAUUAGAAUUUUGGGACAUUGACAGAUCGAAAUGUAGUUUACCAAAAAUUGUGUCAUCGGCUGAAUACUAUGGUGAUUUCACUGUCCAUGAAUUUAUCUACGACCAAUUAAAUGUAAAGUCUAAAAAAAUAUUGGAUAAAUACAAAGAUACCCAUCCAAUCAUUCCAAUCCAAGGUUGCUUAGGUGAUCAAAGUGCCUCAUUAGUUGGUCAAAUGGCCUUUAAACCAGGUGCCGCAAAGUGCACAUAUGGUACUGGUUGUUUCUUAUUAUUGAAUACAGGUAACCUGAAAUUAAUUUCCAAGAAUGGUGCAUUAACUACAUUUGGAUAUUGGUUCCCUUACUUGGAGAAUGAGGAACAUAGCAAACCACAUUUUGCACUGGAAGGUUCCGUCGCAGUUGCUGGUGCAGUUGUACAAUGGUUAAGAGAUAAUCUAAGACUAUUUCCUAGAGCAGAAGAUGUGGGCCCUUUAGCUUCGCAAGUCAAAGAUUCUGGCGGUGUUGUAUUUGUUCCAGCAUUUAGUGGUCUAUUUGCUCCAUAUUGGGAUCCCAAUGCAAGGGCAUCAAUUAUGGGAAUGUCACAAUACACUACAGCUGCCCAUAUUGCAAGAGCUGCCGUAGAGGGUGUCUGUUUCCAGGCAAGAGCUAUUUUAAAGGCUAUGAGUAGUGAUGUUUUGCAAGAAAGCGGUGAUUUUGAAGAUACAUAUGAAAAAUCAGCCUUAUCCACACUGGCUGUCGAUGGAGGUAUGUCUCGUUCGGAUGAAGUCAUGCAAAUUCAAGCAAAUAUUCUAGGGCCAUGUGUUAAAGUGAGAAGAUCACCCACCAGUGAAUGCACGGCUUUAGGUGCUGCAAUCGCUGCAAAUAUGGGGUUUAAAAACCCAGACGAUCGUACUUUAUGGAGAGAAUUACCAGAUGUUAAAAGAUGGGUAUAUUACGCUGGCCAUGCAAAAGGUGAAAAAUAUACUCUUCCAGUUGAAAUGAAUUUAAAGAUAUUCACAAGUGAAUCCAGUGAUAAAGAAAGAAGAGAGCACUGGCAUUUGUGGGAGACUGCAAUUGAAAGAUCUAAAGGAUGGUUAGAUUCCGUCAACGGUAAUUCAGUAGCUAAAUAA